GGUGAACGCUCCGGCACUGUAAAGGCAGGUAGAUCACCUCUAAAGGCAGCAACAGCAACCAUAGGCCGAACCUCUUGCAUUGCCUCUUUUAGACCAUAGUUCAGAAAUAAAUAAAAAUACUCGUUAGUCUCUUUGGCCCCUUCCUUCUCUUUCUUUUUCCAUACAUCUCUUUCGUCACCUCCAUUCCACACACCCCCAUUCAUACAAUGCUUCGAUCGGUGAUUGCUACUUCCGUCAGACGAGUUACACGUCCUGCUGUGUACCAGGCUUCGCGCUCCUAUGUUUUCCCUGCUGGUCAGCGCGAGUUCUUGAACGAGCGUCUGGAAAAGAACGACCCUGAAUUGUUCAAUAUCAUUGAAAACGAAAAGAAGCGUCAACGCGAAAGUGUUGACUUGAUUCCCUCUGAGAACUUUACCUCCCGUGCUGUCAUGGAUGCUCUUGGUAGCGUCAUGCAAAACAAGUACUCUGAAGGUUACCCUGGUGCGAGAUACUAUGGUGGCAACGAGUUCAUCGAUCAAUCUGAAUUGCUUUGCCAGAAGCGUGCUUUGGAGGCCUUCAGCCUUGAAAACGACAAAUGGGGUGUGAACGUGCAGGCACUUUCCGGCGCACCUGCCAAUUUGUACGUCUAUGGUGCUCUCUUGAAGCCACACGACCGUCUCAUGGGUUUGGAUCUUCCCCACGGUGGCCAUUUGUCCCAUGGUUACCAAACUCCAACCAAGAAGAUCUCGGCUGUCUCUUCAUACUUUGAAACCUUGCCUUAUCGCUUGGACGAAACGACUGGCCACAUUGACUAUGAUGCUCUUGAAAAGAAUGCCUUGUUGUACCGCCCCAAGAUUAUUGUGGCCGGUGCCAGUGCCUACGCCCGUAACAUCGAUUACGCCAGAAUGCGCGACAUUGCCGACAAGGCUGGCGCUUACUUGAUGGCUGAUAUGGCUCACAUUUCAGGCUUGGUUGCUGCUGGUGUGUUGCCCGGUCCAUUCGAGCAUGCUGAUAUUGUUACCACCACCACCCACAAGUCCUUGCGUGGUCCCCGUGGCUCCAUGAUCUUCUUCCGCAAGGGUCUUCGCAGUGUCGACAAGAAGGGCAAAGAAAUCUACUAUGAUUUGGAAAACCCCAUCAACCAAUCCGUAUUCCCUGGCCACCAGGGUGGUCCCCAUAACCACACCAUCUCUGCCUUGGCUGUCGCUUUGAAGCAGGUCCAGAGUCCCUUGUUCAAGGAAUACCAGGUGCAAGUUUUGAGCAACAACAAGUCGUUUGCCAAAUCCUUCCUGGAUCUGGGCUACGACCUUGUUUCCGGCGGCACCGACAACCACUUGUUGUUGGUCAAUCUGAAGCCCAAGAAGAUCGACGGUGCUCGUGUCGAACGUAUUCUGGAAUUAGUUAACGUUGCAGCCAACAAGAACACUGUUCCCGGCGACAAGUCGGCCCUGAUCCCUGGUGGUUUGCGUAUUGGUACGCCUGCCAUGACCAGCCGUGGCUUGAAGGAACAAGACUUUGACAAGAUUGCCUCGUUCAUUGACCGUGCUGUCAAGAUUGCCAUUGAGGAAAAGGGCAAGGUGGAAGGCAAGAAAUUGGCCGAUUUCAAGAAGCAUAUUGGUGACGGUAAGCACAUCCAGGCUGUCCAGGAUCUCAAGAAUGACGUCGUUGCCUUUGCUUCGGAAUUUCCCACUGUCGGUUUCCACGAAUCUGAAAUGAAGUUAUAAGCAAAAGCUUUUGAUCGUCCGUACCUUUUUAUUGCGUUCUUCCCAUGAUUUUAUUAUUUAAAACUUAGCAUGAUUUCAACACCAACAUUUACAACAUUUCCUAUUCCUUCUCCUGUUUCAACACUUUUUAUUUUGCAUGUACAUACUACAAAUAUAUAAACUUUCUUAUAAUGAUGACAAACAAA